AUGAAGGUCUUCAUGAUUUUAGCCAUUGCCGUCUUUUCAGGCUGCCAUGCCAAUGUGAUAAGGCAGGACCAGGCUCAGCCCAGUAUGGAGAUGGUAAAGGAUGCAUUCUGGGAUUAUGUAGCCAAAGCAACUCUAACAACUGAAGACAUUCUGCAGAAGAUCAAGGAAUCUGAAAUGGGACAUGAAGUCAAUACCAGGAUCUCUGAAAGCGCAGACGCUGUCAGCCAGUACGCAGUGUCCGUUCGUGGGCAAGUGUCUCCCCUGACCAAGGAGCUCCUGACCAACGUUUCGCAGCAGGCCGAGCAGCUGAAGGCGCGUCUGCAGCAGGACCUGAGCUCCGUGAAGUCUGAGCUCGAUCCGUACAUCGAGGAGCUAAAUUCGGAGAUCCAGCAGCAGGUGGAACAGCUCAAAAGGGACGUGGCUCCGUACACCGACUCUCUGCAGUCCGAAGAUAUGACGGCCACUCUGGUCCAGAAGAACGAGGAGCUGAGGAUGAACCUGCAGAAGAGCAUGAGCAAGCUUCAAGCCCAGCUGGAACCCCAGGCAGAGGAGGUGAAGCAAAAGCUGGAGCAGCAUCUGCAGGACUUCCAGAAGAGCUUGGCUCCAUUUGUCCCAAGUAGUGAGGAAGUGCACCAGAAGCUGGACCCUUUCGCCCAUGACCUGAAGACCCAACUGACUGCACUGUGGGAGUCCUUCACCAAAAAUACCCAGUAA